AUGCUUCGGGUGCGAGCUGUGGUGAUGACCCGAGACGACUCGAGCGGGGGAUGGGUGCCCAUGGGCGGGGGCGGCCUGAGCCACGUCAUGAUCGGCAAGGUCCGGCGCCCAGAGGAGGGCGGGCGACGGCGCCAAUACCUGAUCUGCGGGGAGCGCCUGCGCGACCAGACCACCAUCCUGGAGUGCGUGCUGAAGAAGGACCUCGUCUACAACAAGGUGAACCCCAUCUUCCACCACUGGAAAGUUGGCGACAGCAAGUUCGGCCUGACCUUCCAGAGCCCCGCCGAUGCCGCAGCCUUCGAGCGGAGCGUGCAGGCCGCCCUGGAGGAGCUCGCCGAAGGUUCUCUCUCCUCCUCCUCCUCCUCCUCCUCCUCGUCUCAGGAGGACGCCGACGGGACGGAUGAUGCAGGGUUGAUGCACACGGACAGCGAAUCCUCCUCGAACAGCCGGAAGGAAAUGCUCCCCAAACACAUCACCAUUGUGACUAGCGAGUCCUCCUCCAGCUGCUACAUCCGCUCGCCCGCCUCCGAGGAGUUUGCCUUCAGCACGGCCCAGGGGUCGACGCCAACCAGCCAGGGAGGGCAGGUGCAGACCCAGCCCCUGCAGCACGUGACCCUGCACGACGAGGAGGAGCUGGAGAGCAUCAACCCGUGCAAGGACCUGUGGGUGAGCAAGGGAUAUGAGGACUACAGGCGGGCGGCGGUGCAGAAGCGGGAAGCCGACCCCGACAAGGUCGGCAUGUGCGUGCACUUCGAGAAGGGCAGCAAGGAGCGCCGCUUCCCGGCAGCAGGGGGAGGCGGCGGAGGCGGCGAGGGCCGCCUCAGAGACCCCAAGGGUUCCCCGUCCUGCCGGAUCCACGCCGCCCCUUCGCCCCCCAAGCAGAAGCACGCCAAGGAGCCGGGGGCCAGCGGCGGGGCGGGCUCGGAGGAAGACGCCGUGCCCUCCCGCUGCGUCUAUUGCCGGGACGUCUUUAACCACGAGGAGAACGGGCGGGGCCAGUGCCAGGACGCGCCGGACCCCAUCGGGCGCUGCGUCUACCAGCUCACCUGCAUGUGGUGUGCCGAGAGCAUGCUCUACCACUGCAUGUCGGACUCGGAGGGCGAGUACUCGGACCCUUGCUCCUGCGACCUGGGACACCCGCACUUCUGCGUCCGCUGGAUGGCGCUGGUGGCUCUCUCCCUCGUCGUGCCCUGCAUGUGCUGCUACCUGCCGCUCCGCGCCUGCCACUGGUGCGGGGAGCACUGCGGCUGCUGUGGUGGGAAACACAAGGCCGUGCGGUGA